CGCGGCGUGGAAGAUCCCCGUCGAUAAUAUCGGGUACGGAGGAGGGAUGGGCGGUUCCUUAGCCAAGUCGCUCACGCACGCCCCUGCUCUACUCAACCGAGUGUUUUCUUCCCCUCUUCCUCGUCGUUGCUCCUCUCGCUCGCGCGGUUCGUCUUCAACUAGUCUCGGCUCACAAAAAAAACUCCACGCCGCUUCUUCCAUGGCGACGCGUGCGCCCCGUGCAGUAGUUGCAUGAGAUUGGCAUGACCAACAACACGGAGAAGAAAAUCGAUCGCGCCAACAUUCAUAUAUACUCCAUCACAUCGCAUGAGCAGCAUCUUCUGCUUCUGAAUUCCUCCUCCAUUCCUGCACCAGCAGAGCCCCAUUUUUUUUUUUUUGUUUUUCUGUUGCUCGGCAUCCGUCCCACCCACCAGGCCACCACCAACCAGCCCACGACAGGCCAGCGCAAGAACGACGAAGCAAGUCGCCAGCCGCCACGCCACCUCGCCUCUCCCCCUCCCCCGCUCCCGUACCAUGGCCGACUACAACCGCUACGGCCACAGCUACAGCUACGGCGGCGGCGGUGGGUACGGCCAAGGGCCACCGCCGUCAGCCCCGCCGGCGCCGCACAUGCCCACCACCACCACCACCACCUCCGCCGCCCCGCCCUCCUCCUCUUCCUCCUUCUCCUACGGCGGGUACCCGCCCCCGCCCGCGGCCGCCUACCCUCCGCCGCCCGCGCAGGCGGCGGCGAGCGGAUUCGGCUCCGGCUACGGCUACGGCUCGGGCUUCGUCCCCGUGGCGUUCCCGCCGGGGACGCACCCGGAGGUCGAGCGCGCCUUCCGCUCCGCAGACCGGGACUGCAGCGGCGCCAUCGACGAGCGGGAGCUGCAGGGGGCGCUCUCCUCCGCCUACCACCGCUUCAGCAUCCGCACCGUCCGCCUCCUCAUGUUCCUCUUCAACGACGCCUCCUCCUCCUCCUCCACGCCCUCACGGAUGGGGCCAACACAGUUCGUAUCGCUCUGGAAUUGCCUUGGGCAAUGGCGGGGAAUUUUCGACAGAUACGAUAGGGACCGGAGUGGGAAAAUUGACUCCCGUGAGUUGACCGAAGCUCUUCGUAGCCUUGGAUAUGCUGUUCCACCUUCUGUCAUCGAGCUUCUUAUAGCGAAUUACAACAAUGGUGUGCCUAGCAAUGGCGCCCUAGAUUUUGACAACUUUGUGGAAUGUGGGAUGAUUGUCAAGGGUUUAACUGAGAAAUUCAAGGAGAAGGACACCCGCUACACCGGCUCGGCCACUCUUACAUACGAUGGAUUCUUGUCCAUGGUCAUCCCCUUCAUCGUCCCUUAGCUUGUGCUGUAGUUUUGUAACUUCAUAGUCAUCAGUCAUGAUUCUAGUAGGAGUGUUUUCCCCUAGUUUGUGCAAAUGGAUUUUCUUCUUUGUUUUUUAUUUUGGAGAGUGGUGGUGGGGCUGUUAACUAGUGAGUCUUGUUGUUCAGUGCUCCCUUUAUCUUGCAAAUUGACUUGUUGGUAACGCAUACCUUGUUCGUUUUGUACAUUAAUUAAAUACCUUUGAGGGUUAGUUUCAUGGAAUU